UAUCCUGAAACCCUUCCUGAAGCGAUCGGUCUUCAUAUGCUUUCCAUUAUGGGAGGUCUGUCUGCAGCCGAAUCCAGAUGAGCGGAUCCAUCUUAGAAACAUCUUUGACCAUGCUUGGUUUGAAGUGCUGUGCUAGGUUCCCGGUAUGUUUAGCAACAAUCCUGUCCUUACAGAAAGACAUUUGUAAGGCGUUUGUCCUGACAGAAUGCAACGCUGUGGUCAUCGGAGACUCAAUCGUCCGGAACGUACGCGCUUCCUCCACUAAAGGUAAGGUGCGCACUCAUUGUUUUCCUGGCGCCCGUGUUCUUGAUGUCUCUGCGCAGGUACCUGAGAUCCUGAAGGACGAAGCUAAAGUAGGAGCUGUCGUGCUGCACGCGGGGGUGAACGACGUCAGGAUGCGGCAGUCGGAGAUCCUGAAGAGGGACUUCAGGAGUCUGAUCGAGACAGUACGCAACGCAUCGGCCACGGCGAGGAUCAUCGUAUCAGGGCCGCUUCCUACCUACCGACGAGGGAAUGAAAAAGAGAGACUCUUUUCAGAGAGGACAGGAAGCAAAGUGGAUGAGAGAGAGGGGGUAGGGUCGGGAAAGGACCAAGAGCCGAGACUCGAACUCGGGUCGCCCAGGACGCACCGGCGCCACAUGUCGGAGCAUGAAACACUCGACCACCUGGCUCCGUUUUGUUAAUAAUUUUGAUCUGUUCUGGGAGAGACCUAGGCUCUUCCGCCCUGACGGCCUGCACCCCAGCAGCAUCGGAGCAGUUCUUCUGUGUGACAACAUCUCAAAGACGCUACGCACCGUUUGACUACGUCUCCCACCGUUCUUAGGAAUUGUGCCCUGGAUCACCGAGGAUGAGAUGGAAAAGGCAAUACAAAACUGGCUCAGGCUGAGCCGAGAUAGACUUGGCGUGCCGUGGAGGCAGAGACCACACUUAAGGCUGCCCAAAGAAUCCAUCUGUACUCUGGGACUACACUAUUGCUUCUCCUGGAGGUCUUUUUGGUGUCAUUAAAGUGUAUGAACUUGAAUCAUGUCUGUUCAUUAUACCAGAGACUGCUACACACACAAAAUGAAGAUAUUUUUCUAUGUCAGUAGUCUACUUUUUUAAAAUAAAAAUCUCUAUUAAAGCUGUAUUCUUGAUAAUCAUAUAAAACUAUUUAAAUUAUUUAUCCAUUUAAAUUAAAUUGCAUUUUCAAUUUAUAAUUAAGAAUAAUUAAAUAUGUGAAAUCCACACAUUGUACAUUAAUACUUAAUAGUAAUAUUACGUAAUAGUAAUAUUUAGAUAUUAAUUAAAUUUUACUUCUGUGAUCAUUUCCUCUCAUAAGAACAUGCUGCACUAGU